AUGAAGGGAUGGAAAUCCAGAAAAACUGGCGGUGAAAGGUUUAUCUCUUGCUAUGCCUCGAGGAGAGUGCUUAGGCAUGCUUGGUCCAAAUGGCACACGACGCCAACCUCAGGGGCAGCAUAUGUUGAUGGCUUAGACAUGCAGACUCAAAUGGAUUCACCUGCUAUGGGAUGCUCUGACAGGGAGACAGCACUUACUAUUUUAUGGAAGACUGAAGAACCUAAAAGGUUCUGCUAUGAAAAGAUGGUAGCUGACAAACAUGCUGGGAAAUACAGUGGAGGUACGAAGAGAAGGCUUGGUGUUGCCAUAUCACUAAUUGGAGAUCACAAAAUUGUUUAUAUGGAUGAACCCAGUACUGGAUUAGAUCCAGCUUCUCGAAGCACUUUAUGGAAUGUUGUAAAGCGUGCAGAGCAAGAGAAAGAAAAUAUUCUGACCACACUUUCAAUGGAAGAGGCAGACUACCUUUGUGAUCGAGUCUGAUUCUAUGAAGUUAGCAUUGCUGAUGUAUUUCAUGCAGUUAAGGUUGCAAGAGCCAGGUUCCCUGUUUAUGCUUGGGGGCUGUCUCUGAUACCACAUUGGAAGACGUCUUCAUCAAGGUCACAAGCUCAGCCGAGCAAUCCACACGCCUUAAAUGGGCAAAAGCUACCAUGUG